AUGAUCGCGGCCCAGGCCAAGCUGGUCUACCAUCUGAAUAAAUACUACAAUGAAAAAUGCCAAGCCAGGAAAGCUGCCAUUGCCAAAACUAUCCGGGAAGUCUGCAAAGUAGUUUCCGACGUACUGAAAGAAGUGGAAGUGCAGGAGCCCCGGUUCAUCAGUUCUCUCAACGAGAUGGACAAUCGCUACGAGGGCCUCGAGGUCAUCUCCCCCACUGAAUUCGAGGUGGUGCUUUACCUUAACCAAAUGGGGGUGUUCAACUUUGUGGACGACGGCUCCCUGCCCGGCUGCGCGGUGCUGAAGUUGAGCGACGGGCGCAAGAGGAGCAUGUCCCUCUGGGUGGAAUUCAUUACCGCCUCCGGCUACCUCUCGGCGCGCAAAAUCCGGUCCAGGUUUCAGACGCUGGUGGCUCAAGCCGUAGACAAGUGUAGCUACAGGGAUGUGGUAAAGAUGGUGGCAGACACCAGCGAAGUGAAACUGAGAAUCCGAGAUAGGUACGUGGUGCAGAUCACCCCGGCUUUUAAAUGCACCGGGAUCUGGCCGAGGAGUGCUGCCCACUGGCCACUUCCCCACAUCCCCUGGCCGGGACCCAACCGGGUGGCGGAGGUCAAAGCGGAAGGGUUCAAUCUCUUGUCCAAGGAGUGCCACUCCCUGGCCGGCAAGCAGAGCUCGGCGGAGAGCGACGCAUGGGUGCUGCAGUUUGCGGAAGCGGAGAACAGACUGCAGAUGGGGGGCUGCAGAAAGAAAUGCCUCUCCAUCCUCAAAACCUUACGGGAUCGUCACCUUGAACUGCCGGGUCAGCCCCUGAACAAUUACCACAUGAAGACUUUGGUUUCCUACGAGUGUGAAAAGCAUCCCCGGGAGUCGGACUGGGACGAGUCUUGCCUGGGUGAUCGGCUUAACGGGAUUUUGCUGCAACUUAUCUCCUGCCUGCAAUGCCGGCGGUGUCCUCACUACUUCCUACCGAACUUAGAUCUGUUUCAAGGCAAACCUCAUUCGGCUCUCGAGAACGCUGCCAAACAAACGUGGCGACUGGCAAGAGAGAUCCUGACCAACCCGAAAAGUUUGGAAAAACUUUAGAGGACAAUUUAAUCGAGAGCCGAUAGGUGAUUACUCUUCUCAAAGUCCUAAUUAAGUGUAAACUUCCUGUUGGAUUCCUAUCUGAUAUUCCACUUGAUAGUGCAAACAAUCUCUUCCUUGAAAAGGAAUAAUAAUACAAUGUUUAGGCUUCAUCUCACCCACCCCUCCAAGGGGAGCAAAACAAAAAGGGGACGCAGAUGGAGAAAAACCCAAACCCACAAGUAUUAGAAGACUUCUUUACAAAGGAUUUCCUAUCUCCCUUGAAAAGUACACAGUUACACCCGGAAAACAACCUGGCUGUAAUGCAAGACCACAGCGAAGCUCCGCCUAAUUAUCAAAGGAUUAUCACAAUCCUGGUGAUGUAGGUGCCUCUGCCUGUGAGUAAACACGACUUGGAUAUGCCAUCUGAAGGAAAGUGUAAUGUAUAUUUUGAUUUGUAACAAAUAUUGUGAUCUCACAUUGUCUUUGAAAGUGUGGAUGUUGGUGUUUUGUGAUUUGGUGAACAGAAGUUAAAUUGCCAUUUUGGAUACUUCCAGACAUUUUCCACUAACAGAUAACAUUUAAAGGUAGAUUUCCUCCUGGUACUUUUAUCUGUCUUUGAAAGUGUCUGAACUUUAAAAAGUUUACAUUUUGUUUCAAAUAUAUUGCUUGUUCUAUUUCUAACAUUCCAUAAAUAUACUUGAAAUGUUAUUUAAAUAUAUUCAAAGAAAUUUGAAUUCAGCUUAUAUAAUAACGCUUGAAUAUCUGAAUUAUAUAUUUGAAAAAUGCACUUGAAAUACACUGGAUAAUUACUUUCGUGAUUUAGAUUUUAAUUUCUGUUGCUGGUUUUUAUUUAAUUA